AUGACAGGCGACAGCGAGACAAAGACAGGUGACACAUCCGGACACGAGAGCCUCAGUCCGCGGCCGUUUCUCAUCGCUUGUGAGAGACAGGUGAUCAUCCUCAGUCAGGACAGUUUCUACAGAGUCCUGACCACAGAGCAGAAGACCAGAGCAUUAAAGGGACAGUUCAACUUUGACCACCCAGAUGCUUUUGACAACGACCUCAUCGUCACGACUCUGUGGGACAUCAAGGACGGAAAGACGGUCCACAUUCCCGUCUACGACUUUGUCUCCCACUCCAGGAAGGAGGAGACGGUGACAGUGUAUCCUGCAGACGUGGUUCUGUUUGAGGGAAUCCUCACGUUCUACUCUCAGGAGAUCCGAGACCUGUUCCACAUGAAGCUGUUUGUGGACACGGAUGCGGACACACGUCUGUCCCGCAGAGGUGAGACACAGGCCGAGUCAUUGUCCUCCUUCUCUGUCCCAUGAGUCCUCUCACAGCUGGACGUGUUGU